CAAUGUCCCUAAAAGAAUCUCUAGAAACCAACAAACCACCAACAGCACUAACACCUCUACUCUCCAGUCCUACGAUCCAGCAGGAAAGUCUCACGCUUCUAAAAAAUGAUCACACCCUCACGUUCGUGUUCCUGAAGAACGCUGUGGGCUUGGCGCUCAAGAAACAGCUCAACAUGGAUGUACAGUAUCUGAACGACAUCUAUACGACGAUGAUGGACGUGUUGUACACGUGCAGUGAUUUUAAUUUUCGUAUUGUGUGCCAAUUUAUUGAAAUUGUGUCAGGUACGAUACGCGUACGGCUGGAAAAUGUGCAUGCACCGGUAGACCGUGUACAGCGAGAACGCUUUCUUUAUGUGCUCUAUUUUAUAUUUGUGCGAUACGAGAGCGCAGCAAGCACGGAAGAGCUGUUUGAGGAGAUUGAUUACUAUGUAGAGAUGACGAGCAGCUUUUUGAUGGAUAUGUUGCGUAGCGGGGAGUGUGCACCGCUUGUUAUGAACGUGCUGCAUGCGCUUAUCUACCAGGAGAUGCACCACAUGUUUGAGGAGUGUGGACUUGUGAAUGAGCUCAUGAAAUGCGGUGACAACCGCAUACUGGGUCUUUGUUUGAAGAAAUACACCGAACUUGUUGAUCUGAGAGCACUGCUGAGCAGUGCCCUGCACAAUAAGAACUAUGAGUUGGUAGCGCUCGUUCUGGAACGAACCGUAGGCAGGGAAAUACAGGGGCAGAUCCUCAGUGGAUCAGGCAAUAACCUGGCUAUGAAUGCCUCUGAUAUUAAUUUGGGCCACCAAAAUAAUCUAAAUAGCGCUGGAACGGAUGCGCAUCGUGCGGUUAUCGAUCAAACAGCACAGGUAAAAGCGGCGAUCUUCAACGAAAUAAAAAACGACCUUGUAAUGACAGACAAGGAAAAGAACGCUCUGGUACAGGACGAGCUUGCAUACUUCAAAGACAUAAUGAGCACAGAUACAUACAGGGGGCACAUGCAUACACUGCUACGCAUGCUCAUCACACCCGACAACAAAGCACUCAUCCAUACGUGUCCGGACACAGAGAGUGCGUUAUUCGUUGCUGCCAUUACAGGGCUGCACAUCGAUGCCCGUCCCACGGAUCGCUUCUGUACGUGUACGUUCUACCGCAUGCUGCUAAGCUGUAAGAUGAGCACACAGCCGUUUAAUUUUGAGAGUGUGGCUGGUCGAGCAUACUCAUGUAUGAAGGCAGAACAUGAAAUGAUCACAAUCGAUGAGAACUGCGUUAUGCGGGUUGACGAAUACAACGCAUAUUUGAUGAGAGCGAGUGUGUGGCACAAAACGAGGAGGGGCGAAGCAGUAAGCAGCGCUGUGGUGGAGAGCGUGAGGACGUAUGUCAUGGCAAGCUGUGCAGAGGUAAGUAAUGUGAAGGUGUUUUGGUAUUUUGUGGAUGUUCUUGAACUGUGUGGUGCACAGCUACACGAGUUAGUGGAACGCGUGCUGUCGGGCGGUAUUACUGAGCUCAUAGAAAUUGCGCUGUUCGUGGCUAUGAAGCGAUACUGCAACGAGAGGAACGAGCUCACGAAGACACUCCUGCUCAGCGCUCUUGAAAGGUACGCUGAACACGUGCCGAACGAGACAAAGAAUCUUGUACUGCUCGUGACCGGCAAUCACUGCACGUAUUACGAACGGUUCCUGGCUGUGCCGGGUGUUACAUACGAAUACGUGCUUGAGGACGACCAGCUGAUCAUAAGUGCUCCGUUCAACUGCAGUAUCACUCACAAGGAGCAGAUCGUGAUCUUCUGCGCGGUGCACAGCACUGAUCGUCUUGUGUCUGUGGCCCGCGACUUACUGAGUACCCUCACGAGCAGUAGCAUGCGUAUGGGAUACGAAAGGGAGAUGAAACGGGCAGUGCAUACGAUACAAAAGAUGGAUGAGCAUGUCGGUACGGCACUGAAGGCAAAGCUUCGAAAUGUGUGGUAUGGAAUGGAUUUGAAUGACAGGUGGCCGCUGUUCAUCUUAGAUUUGUUUUGUCUCGAUGGGUACAACGUAAAAUAAAUCGCUUGUAUUAGA